AUGGCAUGUGUAGAUGCUGAUGGACUUUUUUUGACCAUUGAUGUUGGUGAUUAUGGUAGGAACAGUGAUGGUAGGGUGUUUAGAAGAAGUUCGUUAGGCAAAGCCAUUGAAAAUGAUUUGCUGGAUGCCCCUGACCCAAAGCCUUUACCUGGCUGGGACUCAAAGGGCUCUUUCCCACAUUUUUUUGUAGCAGAUGAAGCCUUUCCAUUGAAAAAAAACCUGAUGAGACCUUUUCCCAAAAGAUCAUUAAAUAAAACCAGAAGGAUUUUUAACUACAGGUGCUCCAGAGCCAGAAGAAGCGUAGAAUGCUCAUUUGGAAUGCUUGUUUCUAAAUUUAGAGUAUUUGAGCAACCUCUAGCUUGUAAGGUAAAAACAUGUGAAUCUGUUAUUAAAGCAGCAUGUGUUCUGCAUAAUUGCAUACGAAUGCGAGAAGGUACAUUUUCUACACCAUCACAUCCUCAAUCAAUUGAUUCAAUGGGAGUACAAAAUAAUAAAGAACUACCACUUAUUCAAGUAGCAAGACCCACAAGAGUUGCAGAAAAUAACAGAGAGUUAUUGUGUAGUUAUUUUAUAUCAAAUGAAGGUCAGGUACCUUGGCAAGAAAAUUGUUCUUAA